GUAUUAGUGUCUUACUGAGUGUACCACAGCAAAGAAAAUGAUUGUCUUUCUCUUCUUCAUCUCAUCAAAUAUGUGUGUAACAUCCUGCAGCGAAUCAUCAAAAAUGGUGGUUGGACAAGUUGGGGAUACAGUUAACCUUCCAUGUAAAUAUGACAUUAACACUAAUGGCCUAGUGAAUGUUUGUUGGGGGAGACAACAGUCAUUGUUCAGCUGUGAGAACACUGUUAUCUCCUCCGAUGGCUCGCAAGUGACCUUCAGAGAGUCAAACAGAUUCGGCUUGGCCAGUGGACUGGAGCGAGGGGAUGUUUCACUUACCAUAAAGGCUGCUCAAAAGAGCGAUGUUGGGAUGUAUGUCUGCCGUAUCGAGAUUCCUGGACUUUUCAAUGACAUCAGUCACAAUGUCUAUCUGUUCAUCAGAAAUGGACUGGAUCCCAAGAGAGUCAUCUCAGAAACGCAACUGGUCCCUACAACAGCAAAUCAGGAAAAACAAGAUGCUACCGACGUCUACAUGUAUGAAGCAGUUGCAGUAGUCCAUACUGAGGAUACAAUGGAAACAUUUAUCGUAAACACUGUAAGAGUCGGGGCCAUUGUCUUCAUCCCGGGUUUGAUCAUCGCACUUCUGUUCAGACUGCGGCGCCCAGAGAGCACACCAGCUGAAGGAGAAUGUAAAAAUCUGCCAGACUUCCCAGACCAACAACCACACACAGAUAUGCUAUGAUAAUCAGUGCUG